UUUUUUUUUCGCUUUAACAUUGUAAUUGUAUUAUUAUUCUUUAACAUUUAGUCCUCGCGAUCAGAAGGCGGGAUGCGCGAGCUGCCUGUUUCUUCACUUUUAUAUUGUUACAUUGACCUUCAGCUGACCUGUCACCUGAACUUCACUUCUGAUUACACUGACUACAUUUAUAGUUUCAGCUAAAGUUACAAGACAGCAGGAUUUCAUGAGCACCACCUAAGAUGGAAUUCUUCACUCAGCUGUUCACCUCUAAACGAGGUUCCCUGGCCAGGAUCUGGCUUGCAGCUCAUUGGGAGAAGAAGAUAACCAAAGCUCAUGUGUUUGAAUGCAACAUAGAGAUGACGAUCAAAGAUAUUAUCUCACCUCAGAUAAAGAUUGGUCUGCGGACAUCAGGUCACCUGCUCUUGGGUGUUGUUCGAAUCUACUUUAGGAAAGCCAAGUAUCUCCUUGCAGACUGCAGUGAUGCUGUUAUUAAAAUCAAAGUGGCUUUUCGACCAGGACAGACAGAUCUGCCUGAUGAAGGAAUGGAGGCCAUGUUCAAGACAAUUACACUGCCAGAAGAUUUCACAGACUUUGAAUCUCAACUGCCAAAUCUCAACACAAUUGAUGUGGUGGAUCACUUCUCACUGAACCAAAGCCGCACAGAGGAAAUCACUCUGAAGGAAAAUUUUGGGAACAGUUUUUUCACUAUGGACGACUUGGGCGAUGAAACCCACUCUUACAAAAGCGUGUUGGACACAAGUUUGCAUUCUCUUGGUCUAAAUGAAGAUGGGUUCGGUGAUGAGGACAUGGCUUUUGAUCUUGUUGAUUUCAUAGCAAAUGCUAAUGGGAAUGCUUUGCUGAAUAAAUCUUAUGAUGAGUCUUUGAAUGAGGUCCCUGCAACACCCCCACCAACUGCUGUUAACACAACAGCAGUGGAACCGCCAAUGGAUAUCUCCUUUGCUUCAAAGGCCUUGGCACAGACUUCAGCAAUGAAUGAGACCACACUAGUAGCAAACACAGAAGAACAAUUCACCCUUGAACCUGUGGCUAUCACACCUUCUUUGGGGAGAAAGCGAGAGAGCAGAAAGAGAAAGCUGGUGGUAGAUCAGUCUAAGGAGCUUUCUAACGAAGCCAUUAAAGCCCAGCUAGAUGACUACUCUGACCUUUCAACCACACUGGACAUUGCUCCGCCCACAAGGCAGCUCAUGGACUGGAAGAAGAAUGGGGGAGUCGAUUAUCUAUUCCUUCACUUCUGUAUGCCAGUCAUGAACAGUGAACUACAAACGCUGUUCCCGAGGGAAGUGUUUCCUGGUAGACAGGGGUCGAACAGCAAAGCGGCAGAGGAGAAUGCCCCAGAGGCAACCAGAGAGCAGGACAGACAUGCAGAGGGUGAGAGAAAUGCUGUGCCAGUGGUGGAGAUGAGCUUACUGCAGGAGUCUGUGGAUGAAAGCAGAGCAUCUGAGACAGCCAGCUUCAUCGAGCUUAGCAUGAUGAACCCAGAGCCACCACAGUCCUGUGCUAGAAAUAAGAGCAGGCUGGAGGCAUUGUACCCUGAGCCACUCUCUGAUGAGUCUAUGGUGGUGCAUUUCUCAAGAGGAGAGAAGGAAACUUUGCUGACACAGACACAGCAGUCUGUACUGGAAAGCCAAGAUACAGAGGAGAAGCGAAUGACAAAUCGCGUACAGAAUCUCCUUCAGGCCUUCAAAAAGCAGGACAGCAGCCCGGAUGCCGAGUUCAGUCUUUUCACACUAUGUGAGGGAACCAGUCGCUUCAAUGCAGCAGUUUUGUUUUUCUGUCUGUUGGUCCUGCAAAAACAGCGAGCACUUGACCUGCAGCAGAGCGCUCCCUUCAGCGACAUUAUCAUCAAACCUGGUCCUCGUUUUUACAAGCUUUAGCACAGACUGAAGUAGAGCCACUCGUUCACUUUUAUGUUGCAUGUUGUUGUACCAUGAAUUUUAUUCAAUAAGAUCCAAAAACACGAGGAACAAGAACCGACACUAAAACAACUUAAUUUAGACUAAGCAAAGAGUUUGUGCUUAUAAUUUAAUGUAUGAGCAAGAAAGCAUCCCUUAUGCAUUGUGUGCUUGUUUGUUGUUGCUGUUGUUGGAAGUUCAGUUCUAUGAACUCUUUUCUCAGCUCUAGAUCAGCUGGGUUGCACUGCAUUUCCUUAAGUUUUAAAAAUAAGUUAAAAUGUAAAUUAGUUAUGAAGAGUUAAGUUACUAACUUUUAUUACAUGUAUAAAUACAAAUUUGUUGUUUAAAAUGAAUUAUUUAUUUGUAUUUAUUAUGUUUAGUGGAUGCUUGGCUAAAAUGACAGAAAAAUAAAUUUCAUAAU